AAACGGCGAUAGAGAAUCAAAACCUUGGGUCUCACCAACUCAGUCGUCUUCAUUUGGAGUUUGCUCUUAAGAACGGAAAAAGGAAAAAAGGAAGAGACAGUGACAAACAAACACGUACUUCUCUUCUCUUCUCUCUUCUUCCAGCGGCGUUUAGGGCUUUCCCUUUCCAUUUCCAUUUCCAUUUCCUCCAGAUCCCUCUCUAUCUCCCUCUCUCUUCCUUCCUAUUACUAUUCUAUUCUGAACAUGUCGACUGUCAUACUCCCAACAUCUUGCCUGAUCAAGACUCCUACACUAAGGAGAUCCAAUGCCCUGGUGCAGAGACCAUCUUCUUUGUGUUCCUUUAGGAGCGUAUCCCAAUCAUUUGGAUUGAAGUCUUCUCAAUCCAAAGUGUCAGCAAUGGCUUCUUACAAAGUAAAAUUAAUUGGACCAAACGGUGAAGAGAAUGAGUUUGAGGCCCCUGAUGAUGCUUACAUUCUCGACUCAGCUGAGAAUGCUGGAUUGGAUUUACCUUACUCUUGCAGGGCCGGGGCUUGCUCUACUUGUGCCGGUCAAGUAGUAUCCGGGACAGUGGACCAAACAGAUGGAUCGUUCUUGGACGACAAGCAGAUGGAGCAGGGGUAUGUCCUGACCUGCGUCGCAUAUCCACAAUCCGAUUGUGUGAUCCACACGCACAAGGAAGGUGACUUGUACUAAUUUGUUUGCUUGUGUGUAUUUUGUCAGUUGAAUCUGAUUAAACUUCCAUCAUGCUACACUUUUCGAGACUAGACUUAGUUUUCGAGGUUGAAUGUCUAUUUUGCAAGAAUUAUGCUCAGUAGUACUGCGAAAUUUAAGUUGCUGGUUUAGCGGAAGUCGAAGUAUCGAACAUCAUUCAUGAAUAAUGGAUAUCUGUUUUAGUUUA